UCCCACAUUACAGGCAGCUUAAAUAAUCCACAGAAGAGAAGUGUAGGAAUGCUGGAUUUGGGUGGUGGAUCAACACAGAUCACCUUCCUCCCACACACUGAGGAAACUCUGCAGGCAUCACCAGCCGGCCAUGCAACUUCAUUUCAGAUGUUCAACACCACCUAUAAGCUGUAUUCAUACAGUUACUUGGGACUCGGACUGAUGUCAGCAAGGCUCGCAAUUUUAGGAGGAAUUGAGGGAAAACCCUUAGGAGAAGGUGAGGAGCUGAUCAGCCCUUGUUUAUCACCUGGUUUCAAAUCUGAGUGGGAACACGCUGAGAUAGUGUACAAAAUUAAAGGACAGAAGGCAGGUGAACCUUUGUACGAGUCUUGUUCCACUAAAGUGGCAAAGAUGCUCUACCAAAAAGUGCAUAAAACUGAGGAAGUGAAGAAUCUGGAUUUUUAUGCUUUCUCCUACUACUAUGACCUUGCAGCAGAGGUUGGUCUCAUAGGUAG